AAAAUACGGCCCAAUUUGUUUUGUACACAUUAUAGGAGAAAAAGUUAUUUGGCAUAAAAGUUAGUUUAUCAGUUUAUUAGAAUGUUUAAGAUUUUCACCUUUAUUUAAAUGAAAAUAGUAAUAAUCUUUAGUAUAAACCUAUUUUAUAGCAGUGCUAUUCAAAGAGGUGGUCUGUGAACCAGUGCUGAUCUCUGAUGAAGCUGAGAGUAAGCUAUAAAUUUACUCUCUCACAGUUUCUAUGCAUCAAGGAUCCUGGCUGGGCUUAACUAAGUACCCCUGGCUCAUGAGAUUGUAGUCAAGCUGUUCUCCAGGGCUGCAGUCUUAUCUGAAGACUUUUUUUUUUAAUUAAUGAUUUUUAUUUUUUCCAUUAUAGUUUGUUGAAAACUUAAUUGGAGUAGGAUCUCCCUCUAAGCUCACACACCGAGCCCCCCUCAGGGCUGCCUCACCUGGCACCUGGCUUCCCCAGAGUCAGUAAUCCAAGUGAGAAUGAGAGCAUUUGAAAUGAAAGUCACAUCCUUUUAUAACCCAUUUUUGGACAUGACAUCUUAUCAAUUCUGCUUUUAUAUUGCUUCUGCUAUUCUAAGAAAUGAGUCACUUAAUUAUACAUUAUGGUAUUAGUUGUGCCUUUUUCUUGGUUUUCCUAGCAUCUUUGAAGUAUUACUAAAUGUAACUAUUUUAAUAGUAUUAGGAAAUGCAUAUUUCAUUCAUAAGUGAAAUUUUGUUUCUUAUUGUACUUUACAGUAUACAAAUGAAUGUUUCAUAUGUUGGAAGGUGCUGUCAAUAUUCGAUCGAUUUUCAUAAUUCUGUACCAUGUGCAGAUUUAAUAACAAGUUUACACCAUGGAUGGCACAAAAGAGAAGAAUGACAGCACAAAGGAAAGGAAUGACAACUACAAAGAUGAUCUUCUGUUUAGGAUGGGACUUAAUGAUAAUAAAGCUGGAAUGGAAGGAUUGGAUAAAGAGAAAAUUAACAAAAUUAUAAUGGAGGCCACAAAGGGGUCUAGAUUUUAUGGAAAUGAGCUCAAGAGAGAAAAGCAAGUCAACCAACGAAUUGAAAAUAUGAUGCAACAAAAAGCUCAGAUUACCAGCCAGCAGCUAAGGAAAGCACAAUUACAGGUUGACAGAUUUGCAAUGGAAUUGGAACAGAGCCGGGAUCUGAGCAAUACCAUAGUGCACAUUGACAUGGAUGCUUUCUAUGCAGCCGUAGAAAUGAGGGACAAUCCAGAACUAAGGGAUAAGCCCAUUGCUGUAGGAUCAAGGAAUAUGUUGUCUACUUCGAAUUACCAUGCAAGGAAGUUUGGUGUUCGUGGAGCCAUGCCAGGAUUUAUUGCUAAAAGACUCUGCCCUCAACUGAUUAUAGUGCCCCCCAAUUUUGACAAAUACCGAGCUGUGAGUAGCGAGGUUAAGGAAAUAUUUGCUGAUUAUGAUCCCAAUUUUAUGGCCCUGAGUCUUGAUGAAGCCUACUUGAACAUAACAAAGCACUUAGAGGAAAGGCAAAAUUGGCCUGAGGACAAAAGGAAGUAUUUCAUCAAAACAGGGAACUCUCUAGAAAAUGAUAAACCAGGAAAGGAAGUUAAUAAACUGAGUGAGCAUGAACGAUCCAUCUCUCCACUACUUUUUGAAGAUACUCCUGAUUUGAAGUCCCCAGGAAAUUCUUUUCAAGUGAACUUUGAAGAGCCGAAUAAUCCUCAAAUGACCCAAAACUCAGUUGUUUUUGGAACAUCAGCUGAGGAAGUGGUAAAGGAAAUUCGUUUCAGAAUCGAGCAAAAAACAACACUGACAGCCAGUGCAGGCAUUGCACCAAAUACAAUGUUAGCAAAAGUCUGCAGUGAUAAGAAUAAACCAAAUGGACAAUACCAAAUUCUCCCUAACCGACAGGUUGUGAUGGACUUCAUCAAGGACUUACCCAUUAGAAAGGUUUCUGGAAUAGGAAAAGUUACAGAGAAAAUGUUAAAGGCUCUUGGAAUUAUUACGUGUACAGAUCUCUACCAACAGAGGGCAUUACUUUCUCUCCUUUUCUCUGAAACAUCUUGGCAUUAUUUCCUUCAUAUUUCCCUGGGUCUAGGUUCAACAUGCUUGCCCAGGGAUGGAGAGAGGAAAAGCAUGAGUGUUGAGAGGACAUUCAGUGAGAUAAAUAAAGCAGAAGAGCAGUACAGCUUGUGCCAAGAACUUUGCAGUGAACUUGCUCAAGAUCUGCAGAAAGAAGGACUUAAGGGUAGAACUGUUACCCUUAAGCUGAAGAAUGUGGAUUUCGAAGUAAAAACUCGUGCAUCUACAGUUUUAUCUGUUAUUUCUACUGCAGAAGAAAUAUUUGCCAUUGCUAAAGAAUUGCUAAGAACAGAAAUUGAUGCUGAUUUUCCACAUCCCUUGAGAUUAAGACUUAUGGGUGUGCGGCUAUCUAGUUUUCCUAAUGAAGAAGAGAAGAAACACCAACAGAGAAGCAUUAUUGGCUUCUUACAGCCUGGAAACCAAACCCUGUCAGCCACUGGGUGUAUGCUAGAGAAAACUGACAAAGAUCAGUUUCCAAAACCUCUGGAAAUGUCUCAUAAGAAGAGUUUCUUUGAUAAAAAACGAUCUGAAAGGAAAUUGAGCCACCAAGACACAUUUAAGAGUGAAAUUGUAGACAGACAAAGUUUACCGACAUCACAAUCAUUCCAAGUUUUAAAGAAGAAGAGGAGUGAGAAUUUAGAAACAUUGGAGAAUUCAGAUAAUGGUCAGGUAUUUACCUGUCCUGUUUGCUUUAGGGAGCAAGGAAGCAUUGGUCUGGAAGCCUUUAAUAAACACGUAGAUGCAUGUCUUGAUGGGCCUUCAGUGAGUGGAAACUCUAAAAUGUCCUCGUGUUCACAUGCUUCCUCUACAGAAGCGAAUCAGAAAGAACAUGUACAUGAUUCUAUUUCACUCUUUGAGAAGCAGGAUUACAGAACCCAUCAGAAGAAUACAGAGAUCACUUCAGUAGAUUCUGUGGAACUGGUAGAGACUGUCAGUAACCCAUCUAAUGCAGAGGGUGUAGAUGCUUCAAGUAAUAAACACAGUGAAGAAGAAUGUUCUAAUCUUCCAAGCAAAUCACUUCAUAUGGAACAUCAUCCGCAGAAUCCUUGUACUGUUGCACUGGAAAAUGACGAUGUUGGGUCAUUAGGAAGGCAGGAACCCCCCCAACCUUAUUUAUAUGAAGUGACCAGUGACCAAGUUCUAGUUUGUCCGGUUUGUAAUCUAGAACAGAAGACUUCAGAUCUUACCUUGUUCAAUGUGCAUGUGGAUGUUUGCUUAAACAAAGGCAUUAUCCAGGAACUGAGAAAGGAUAAAGUUAGUCCAGUUAACAGACCCAAAGAUAGCACCAAAACUACUGAUAACCCGGGCAAAGUACAGAAGAUUGGAACAAAAACUAAAAGGCCAGGAUUGAUGACAAAGUACUCGGCAUCAAAGAAAACAAAAUCAAACAAUCCCAGACAUACCAUUGACAUAUUUUUUAAAUGAAUAUUGAACAUUUUAUCUUUAACUUUUGAUUGAAACUUGUUACUUUAUAAUCAAUGAAUGUAUUCUUGGUUAUUUCAAGUUUACAUGUUCAUUUAGUGAAAGGCAAGUGCAAUAAUCCCUCCCUAAAUGACAUUUUUUAUAGGAAUUUGAAAUAUACUAAUUUACUUCUGUAUAUUUUUUUAAUGACCAUGAGAAUUUCACUUCCAUUAUCCUUCAGUUGGAAAUCAUUCCUGUUGGAGAUAAUUUUUAAAUGAGAAAUUAGUAAUGGGAUCAGAAAGUGAUUUAUUGCCUCAUGAUAUUUUAUAGUGAAUAUAAAAACAUAUGUUUAGGAGUUCUCGUCAUGGCUCAGCGGAAAAUGAAUCUGACUAGCAUCCAUGAGGACACAGGUUCGAUCCCUGGCCUCACUCAAUGGGUUAAGGAUCUGAUGUUGCCAUGAGCUGUAAUGUAGGUCACAAGAUGCAGCUCGGAUCCGGCGUUAUAAGGGCUCUCAGAGGUUCAGACAAACCUAUUUUAGCACAUGAAUUUUUCAGCACUUAACAACUUUGUUGGCACUGGACUGCUAUGUUUGAUCUUAGUAUCUUCUACAAUUUUUGUAUAACUAUAUUUUAGCUCCUAGUAUCUUCAGAUACCUCAUGAGCAUUCAUAAUUAAUUUUAUCAUAAAUUCUAUGAAGAGUAUUAGCUUAGCAGAACUAGUAUGAGAGGUUUUGUUACCUUCAGGAAAAUAGCAUCACAGUAUUAUUUUCUGUUAAAAGAAUUUUUGUUUAAAAUAUGAUUACUCAUUUGAUUUUUUAAAAUUAAAACUUCUUUAUCUAAUAAGUAAGCACUUGGUUCACUUUAAAAAAUAUUUAGUCUAAGAUUCAAGAUAAUUAUUUUCUUUUUUUUUGUCUUUUUGCCAUUUCUUGGGCUGCUCCCUCAGCAUAUGGAGGUUCCCAGGCCAGGGGUCUAAUCGGAGCUGUAGCUGCCAGCCUACAGCCAGAGCCACAGCAACGCGGGAUCGGAGCUGUGCGACCUACACCACAGCUCAUGGCAACACCGGAUCGUUAAUCCACUGAGCAAGGCCAGGGAUAGAACCUGCCACCUCAUGGUUCUUAGUCGGAUUCGUUAACCACUGUGCCACGACGGGAACUCCAAGAUAAUUAUUUUCUUAUCCAGGACUUUUAAAUCAUAAAUUUCAUUUCUUGGCAGUUGUAUUUGCACUUUACACAAAUCUGUAAAAAAAAAGGAUAAAUUUACUCUCACUUUAUUUUCAGGAUGACCUUCAAGGGAAAAAUGUGCAAUUCAAAAGAUUAAUGUGGGUUAAAACACCUUCUUUAGGAGUUCAUGUUGUGGUUUAGUGGGUUAAGGCCCCAACGUUAUCUUUGUGAGAAUGCAGGUCCGUCUCUGGUCUUGCCAGUGGGGUAAGGAUCCAGCAUUGCCGCAAGCUGUGGCAUAGGUCACAGAUGCAGCUCAGAUCCAGUGUUGCUGUGGCAUAGGCCUCAGCUGCAGCUAGAAUUCAACUCCUGGCCCAGGAAUUUCCAUAUGCUACAGGUGUGGCUAUAAAAAGAAGAAAAACAAAAAACAUAAAACCUCAUUUAUCUUAAUUAUAUCUCUAUCAUGUUUUUAUUAAUAUUUGUGAAAGAAGAUAGCCUAACAGUAGUUAGCUUCAGUAGUUACUCCAAAUACUUUUGUGUUAUCAAAAAUUUAAUUGAAACAUAAAGAUGGAAACCAUUUUCUCUUACUACUUUAAGGAACUCAAUCUUUUGUCCUCAUAUUUUUGUUUCUUCUUUUCAUAUUUUAUAGCUCCUUACCCAAAUGUAUAAAGAAAUAGCAUUUUAAGAAUAGCUUAAAUUAGAAUCUCACACAACCUUUAGUCAAGUGGUAAUUUGAGUUUAUUACUGGAUGGUUUAAAAUUAGCUUUAGUAUUAGCAUGCCAAUCUCAUGCCUAAUAUUAUUAUACGCUAUGGUGAAUACCCAGUUGUGGAGCUCAGUUCUUGAUUGUAUGAUUACUUAUGUAAAUUCUAUACAAAAUUAAGUUCAAUGAAACAUUUAUUUAACAUAUUGAAAAGUAGAUAGCACCAUAUUUAGUUAUUUUCUAUCUUGUUUCAAGUUUAUUUUUAUUGUAUAUUUUCAACAUUAAAUACUAAAUUAUUUUCAUUUAGAUGAUUCAUUUCACUGAAUUUAGUAAUAGUCAAUAAAAAUUUUAAAUGAAAUUUUAAAUGUUUAAUCUUUUAACCAACAGAAAUGGUUUCCUUUCUACCAAAGGGGUUUUUUAGCUAGGCACAUUGCUAUCCUCAAACAAAAUCAGAUUCUAUUAUUAAAUUGUUAGUUUUCUACUCUUAGUUUUCUACUCUUUCUCCACCUCCAUUGCUUUUACUCUUAUUUUCUUUGCCCAGAACUUUUUCCACAUCCUUUUCUGUUUAUCUAAUAAUGCAACUCAUUUUCUUUUUAUUAUAAGUUUGUUUGGGGGCAUUUUUUUUUAAAAUACAGCAAAACUACAAAGAAUAAGCAUCUAUAAUCUUGCCUACUUAAGGGUCAGAGUACAGGGAACCACCUGGAAGAACAUAUUUGCAACACAUAUAAUUGGCAAAAUGCUAGUAUCCAAAAUGUAUAUAACCCAGAAUAUAUAAAUGACUCCUAUGAAUCAGUAAGAAAAAGACAAACAAUAAUAAAAAUUCAGAUAAAAGUCUUUAAAUGGCACUUUACAUAAAAAGAAAUCCUGGAAUCUCAGCAUGAUGCAGGGGUUUAAGAAUCUGAAUGCAGCAGCUGGGCUCUGGCCCAGGAACUUUCAUAUGCCAAGGGUGCGGCCAUUAAAAAAGAAAGAAAGAAAGAAAGAGAAUAAAAGAAAGAAAGAGAAAAAUCCUGGAGUUCUGUUUUGCAUGUUCCCUGUUGGCUUAGUGAGUCAGGGAUCUGGCAUUGUCAAUGCUGUGGCUUGGGCUGCUGCUGUGGCGUGGGUUCAGUCCCUGGCCCAAGAACUUCUGCAUGCCUUAGGUGUGGCCAAAAAAUAAAGAGGGCCUGGAAAUGCAAGGGGGUUUUUCAGCUAGGCACAUUGCUAUCCUCAAACAAAAUCAGAUUCUAUUAUUAAAUUGUUCUUACCUAUUAAAAAAAAGCUAUAUAAAUCACAACAUAUAAUGAUGAAAUUUUAAAAGUAUUCCUUAAAAUAACACAAGAGCACCCUCGUAUUUUCCUGGAGAGCAUAACCAAUAAAUAAAAGAAAUAAGAUGAAUAAAAACUGGAAACAAAGAAUAAAAGUAAAACUUUAUUGUCAGAUGAUAUGCUUAUCUACAUUUUUUAAAAUUUACAUUUGAGAAAGGAAUUCACCAAGUUUAAGGCUGUAAGAUCAGUGUACAAAAUAAGUGGCAUUUCCAUACAACAGCAAUAACUAAUUAGAAAAUAGGACAAUAAUUUAUAAAGGACCUAAAAGGAGUUCCCUAGUGGCUCAGCGGGUUAAGUAUCUGAUGCUUUCACUGCUGCGGCACGGGUUCAGUCCCUGGCCCUGGAACUUUCACAUGCCACAGACAUAGCCAAAAAAAAAAAGAAAAUUAAAAAAAUAUAUAUAAGGGAACCAAAGGGGCCUGGCCACGGGUGGGAAGAAGGGAACGAUCUGUCAAAAUAUGUACAAGAACUUGGGAAUUACAAAAUACUGUUGAAAGGCAAACAGUAUGUCUGAGUAAAUUCAAAGAGGAAUCCUUUUCAUAAAUAGGAAGAAUAACUAUCUCAAAGAUAACGAUUCUCCCCUAAUUUCUAUAAUUUCAGUAAAAUUCAAAAUAAAACUUCUCAUGGUUUUUCUUGGAAGAUGGUAAGUAGAUCCUACAUUUGUAUGGAAGAGCAAGUCCCAUGAAUAAUCAGGUAGAAGAAUAGGCCCUAUGUCAUAUCAGCAUUGAUUAUAAAUCUGCAGUAAUUACUACAGUCCACUAAUAGAGUAGUAUUGGCAUGAGUAUGGACAUUUCAGACCACUCAGUACAAAAAGUAUUUGCUGUUUAAUAAAUGCGUGCCUAAACUCUGACCUUCCAACUGAUUUCUCAGCUUCUGCGCUAAACAUUUUGCACACUUUUUGCAGAUUAGUAUAAACAGUGUUUACAUGAUGUCACUUUAAAAUCAGAAACAAACCCAAAAAAGAUUUCAAAGUUCUCCACUCUGUCCAGGAUCAGCAGGAGUUGAGGAGAAGAUGAUGAUUUCUAUGUUGCAAACACCAUGACAGAUUUCAAGCUAUCGACAUAUUAUCAACCAGUUCACAAAAUUUCUGAAAAUUUAACAAUUGGCUCUUGGAGGCCGGUACAGGCUAGCUCCCGCAAAUCACUCUCCUUGGUGCUUACCAAGCACUGGCUUGGCAUUCAAGGUCAAUCAAAUCACACUGCAUAGCUUGUGACUAGACUAAACCAAGCUAUUUCUCCCUUCCAGUGUCACGCUCAGUUGCUCCCUCUGCCCAGGAUGUGCUUCCUGAAUGCUCCUUUGCCCUCUCCCACCACACACAACUAACUAGUCAUCUUUCGCCUCAGCCCAAGGGCCGCCUUCAGGAAAGAGUCCCUGCCCACUAGGAAAACUCAUCAGUCCCUUUUUUGUGUGGUUCUGAUUCUCUGUGAAGACACUGAAAUAUUCUUUGCUGUGAUUUUGCUGUGGUCUUGCCCAGCGAGGUUGUUGGCUGCUGGAGAUCCUGGAUGACCUUUCACUGAUCUCUGAAUUCUAAGAAGUAAACCCUGGCACUGAGUAGGUGUUAACUAUCUUUUGUUGACCCAUAAAUGAAUAAAUUAUACGUGCCCAAA